GGAGAGCGGGGAGCUGCCCGCCCCGGAAGUAGAAAAGGGGAUCGGCCCGGCCGCCCCCACCCCCAGAGCAGGCAGGCAGGCAGGCCACCACGCGCGCGCCCUCCUCCUCUCCAACCCCUCUCCUCCUCCCGUUCCCUCCCCCUCCCUCGCGCCGCGCGGAAGGCCAAGCGGGAGAAGGAGCCUUGGAGAUUUUCCCGGAACCCCCACCCCCUACCUCCUCCCAUCAAGGUUUCACCACCACCGCCCGUCCGUCCGCCACCAGCCUCCCCCGCAUCGCCGCCCCAACAAUCCCAGUCGAGUCAUCCGCCCACCCCCCCCCCCCCCCCCCCCCCCCCCCCCCCCCCCCCCCCCCCCCCCCCCCCAUUCGCAGCCGUCCGCCCCCCGCGUCCGCCGCAGAGCCGCCGAUCCCCUCCCGAGAGCCCCCGCCCCGUCGGCUCGUGGAUCUCGGCUGCCGCCGUCGCCGGUGCUGGUGGGGAUUUCGGGUCCCGUGUUUAUUGCUCCGAUUCGGGCCCUGAUUCUCCCCGGAUUGCGUUUCCUUUGAUGGGGCCGCCGCCGCCGCUCCGGCUCGGGGUGUGAUUCUGAUUCUGAUUCGGGCGGAAGGUAGAGAUUGUCGUCUUUUUAUUGAGCCCCCCCUGCCUGCCCUGGUUUCUCUGCCGCUAUUGGAUUGAUUUGGGAUCCGCGAUCGAGAUUGCUCCGUGAAGUUUUUGGUCCUAGGUAUAUUUUUUGACUGGCCCGGAUCAGGAAUAGAGGGUUCUCUUGCUGGGGGGAGGGAGAUCUAGGGUUGCGUCUUCUAUAGUUCUCUUUGUGCAUGUGCAUACUCCAUAGAAAAAAACACCAAAAAAAGGAGGGGGUGAGGAGGAGUUGGAGGAGCAGGAGGAGGAGGAUUGGAGCGCAGGGGAGUUUGGAGGUUAUUAUGGCGCUGAAUUAUCCGUCGUGCUCAUUCUUGGUGAGCGACGAGUGCUCUGCCCUGAUGCGAGGGUGUGGAUGCUGGUCGGAGGAGGCCUCGCCCCUCUCGUCCCCAGGGGUCAACUCCAGGCGCUGGGAUGAUUUCGAGCCCGAUCCUGCGGAUCUAUUGCCCGUGGAUCCCUUCGGGAUGAACUUGGGGAACACCAUCACUGCAGCCAUCGCCAGUUGCCUCGACCGCACGGUCAUGUCUGGUGCAGGGCGUUUUGGAAGCGGUGACGGUGGUGCGGCCGACUUGAGUUUUUACCUGAAUCAUGCUAUUGCCGUCUCCCGGGGGCCAUCUUGCCUCCCGGGUGGCUUCGGGCGUGCUUUUGAGGGGCCCUUUGUGUUUGGAGGCCUUUAUGAGGCCGGAGGCGCCAACUGCUCUCAAGGGUUGCCUCCCCUUGUGUCCUGCUCAGGCUCAAUUGUACCUGGAGAGGAUCCAUCUACUUCUGGCAGUGCUGCAUUGUUGUGCCGUGAAGGAGUUGAUGCCGUGGGAGCGUCCUGCUCACGCCCAAUUGUACCUGGAGAGGAUCCAUCUACUUCUGGCAGUGCUGCAUUGUUGUGCCGUGAAGGAGUUGAAGCCGUGGGAGCGUCCUGCUCACGCCCAAUUGUACCUGGAGAGGAUCCAUCUACUUCUGGCAGUGCUGCAUUGUUGUGCCGUGAAGGAGUUGAAGCCGUGGGAGCGUCCUGCUCACGCCCAAUUGUACCUGGAGAGGAUCCAUCUACUUCUGGCAGUGCUGCAUUGUUGUGCCGUGAAGGAGUUGAUGCCGUGGCAGCGUCCUGCUCACGCCCAAUUGUACCUGGAGAGGAUCCAUCUACUUCUGGCAGUGCUGCAUUGGUGUGCUGUGAUGGAGUUGAUGCCGUGGGAGCGUCAUGCUCAUGGCCAAUUGUACCCGGAGAGGAUCCAUCUCCUUCUGGCAGUGCUGCAUUGGUGUGCUGUGAUGGAGUUGAUGAUGUGGGAAGUGCACCACAUGACGGGAUGAUGUAUGCUCUUGCCUAUCUUGGGCUUCGUGACAUCCUAGCUACAGAGAUGGUGUGCAAGUCUUUGCAUUCAUGGAUCCGCAGCGAGUUAUUGUGGAAGUGUAUCCACAUUGAACCGGUAUUGAGCGGGAAGAUCUCUGAUCCUGAUCUUCUAUUUCUGACACAGAAGAUUCCAGGUGAUUUGCAGUGUCUAAAUAUAAAUGACUGCAUAAAUAUCACCGACAAUGGUUUGAAUGCUGUUCUCCAAAGCAAUCCGACGUUAACAAAGUUGAGUAUUGCGCGAUGCCCGCGGUUAACUUUGGAUGGCCUUAUUGCCAAUCUAAAGUCAUUUAAUAUGAAAGCAGUGUCGGGUAUUAAGAGCCUCAGAAUUGACAAAAACUUCAAUUUACCAAAAGAGGAUUAUGAGGAGUUAUUAUCCUUGUUGAGCAUCGACAAGAGACAGGAGUUGCACAACCGGGCUCCGCGAUUCCGUCAUUCUAAUCAUUUUUUAUUAGAUUGCAAUGACGGAUAUGCUCUUGAUAUUGAGAUGUGCCCCAUCUGUCAAAGUUACAAACUUGUUUUUGACUGCCCUGAAGUGGAGUGCAGUGACAAGAGAUCUGGCAAGUGCCGAGCAUGUGAGGUUUGCAUCAAGAGAUGCCGGCAGUGUGGAAGGUGCUUAGAACGAAAUGAGAAGUUUGAAGAGAAAUUUGAUCUGGUCUACCUUUGCUACAAGUGUCGAGGCGAUCCGGCUUCACCAUCUCUCGGUGUGGAAAAGGAUCUGGUCUCUAUUUUAUCCAGUGGAAGAAUAGCUUCUCCUUGACCAUGGAGGAGCAACAGUACAUGUCCAGCCAUUCAGCCAUCUUUCUUAGCAUUACUGAUGAAGGGAAAAAAAGGAAAAAAAUAUAGUUUGCUAUUCAUGAAGGUGUGUGGUCGUUUGACAGAUGGUACAUUUGCUUGCAAGAAAAACAAAAAAAGAUGUUACUAAUUCCAGCAGAAAUAAAGGGAUGGUUCCCACUAUUACAGCCUCACCAGCGACCAUGAGGGAUGUUUCUUCAUGGAGUUUGCAGUUCAAGAGUGUAUAGGUAGAGGGUGAGAUUGGUGUCGGUGUGUUUGCUUGAUGCUGCAUCUUCCUGUGAAGAAGACUGAAGAUGAACUUAUUCCUUGGCUUCCAAGUAUAUUAUAUCUGUAUAUGCGUCACAUUGUAAUAGUUUGCCCUGUAUACGUCGUGUCGUAUGACUUGGUAACUUGUUUCAUAAAAAUAAAUAAAUCAAUGACUUCUAACUA